AUGGAUAUACAGCAGACUCUGCAUGAAGGACAUCAUCAUCCAAACACCAACUCCCACCAGCUAAAGAUAACACUAGACUAUAUCACCAAACACUCACCUUUCCUCAUAUGCUUGUUAGGCCAAAAAUAUGGUGAGUAUUGCACAACGUGCUUUUCGAUGGGAGGAUCAGAUGUGCAAGGUCUAUCCAUGCUAGAAAGGAAUAUGUACAUCGCAGCAAACAAUGGUUAUUCUUGGAUAUUGGAUGAAAACUACCGAACCAGCAGUCAGCUGGAGCUUGAGAUAAUUGAAGCAGCUUUUUUAAAUGACUCCGGAUUCAGCUUCUUUUACUUCCGGGAUCCUCAGUAUGUUGAUGAUAUGCUCCUGAGUGUCCCACAGCAUGAAAGAUGGAUGGUGGACCGUAAAAGCAGAGAUCAUUAUGAGGAAAGGAAGAUAUGGGAGUUGAAGGAAAAAAUAAUCAGUAAAGGAUUACCUGUCAAAUUUUUUAGGACAAUUGAAGAAUUGGGAGAAGCAGUCUUGAAGGAUUGGAGAGAUGCCAUUGAUAAGUUGUAUCCCAUGGAUUUAGUUCCUUUGCAUACAGAUCAUGAAAGUUACCUUGAACUUUCUUAUCAUGAAGCAUUUGCCCAAAAGUAUUGCAAAGUAUUUGUGGAAAAUACAGAAACACAGAGGAUUUUUGGAAUUCUGGAUGCAUUUGCUUUUUUACCCCAACGUGACGAUCAAAUUGAAGACAGCAGCAAGUUAACCGACUUUAAACAUUCCAGUGACUCAAGUACCACGGAGCCAAGACCAAACAUUACAUUUGAUUGUAAAUCUCUCCUAUUACUUUGUGGAGAGACAGGCUGUGGCAAGACGGCCAUAAUCUGCAACUGGCUGAAAUACUUUAGGAUGAAAAAUCCCAGUGUCCUGGUAGUAUCUCACUAUGUUGGAUGCAGUUCAUCCAGUUAUGACAUCAUGUCCUUCAUGAGACGCUGUAUUUUGAAACUACGUCUUGAAUAUUUUGGAGCUGAAGAUCAGCCCAGUGCUUUCAGUGAGAAUCCUACGGAUAUCUGGAUGUUUCAAAUGAUUCGUGAAACCUUUGUAGCAGCGAUUGGUUUGAAGCCGUGUGUGCUGGUGAUAGAUGGGGCUGACAGACUAAGUGGGACCCGUGGGUUACCACCACAGCAGGUAAAGGAAUUUUCAUGGCUUCCACAACUUCUCCCAGCUCAGUGUAGACUUAUUGUAACCACUGUCUCUUCCAACACGUCCUAUGUAUCACUGUCAAAGCAUCACGCUGUAAAGGUGGUGCAUAUUUCCAGUAGACCUGACUGUACGGCACAAACCCAUAUCUUCCAGAAGCACCUGGCUAGGCCCCACACGGAAGUAAAUAAGAGCCAAAUCCAAAAUAUUAUGAGUAGAAAACUGAGUUCCUUUCCACUAGUCUUGGUUAUUUUGGCUAAUGAACUCCGAGUAUGUGGACCAUUCAGAAAUGAGACUGAAUGUCUGGAGAAAUAUCUUGAGUGUCAGACGAUUCAGGAGCUGUGGACUGCUGUCCUAAGGCGAUGGAUUGAAGACUACAGUUGGAUUACUGAUACGGAAACAGAUAACAGAGGAAUUAAUGGAUGGGUAGUUGAUAUCCUGUGUCUCCUUAGUAUAUCACGUUGUGGAUUAACUGAAGAGGACAUCCACCAACUUCUUAAAUAUCUAGGUUAUAAUGGGGAAAACAAGGUCAGCAGCUAUGACUGGAAUCUCUUCCGUGCUGCAUCCAUAGAAUGGAUACAAGAAAGGCCAGAUGGAUUGUUGAACUUCACUCACCACUCUAUACAGGAUGCUGUAGGAUAUUUCCUGCUAGGUGCUAUUGCUCCAGUCAAAGAAUCCAGUUUAAAAAGUCCACUUAACCACAAAAGGAGUAGAAUUCACCAUCUAUUUCAAGAGUACUUAUCACAGCAGACUUACACCCUGAAAAUUUACCAGGAGUUACCUUGGCACCUGAAAAUGAGUGGAAACCUUUCUGAUUUAUGUGCCAUUGUUGUUAAUCCCAUAAUCAUGCAUGUAGUUUGCCAAAAUGCAAAGCAUUCAUAUCAGUCGAAGCUGGACCUUGUCUGUUAUUGGGAUGUGUUAUCAGAGGCAGGGUUUGAUCCUGCAGUUACCUAUCACAACAUGGUGAAUCAGUUGGUGGCCACAUCCAACCUGUCAGCAAGAAAGAAAUGUACAACGGCAUUCAUAGAUAGUGACAGCAAAAUGGUGAGGUACAACAACUGCACUCAAGCUGCCUUGAUAUGCUUUACUGCUGAGUUUCUAAAAGAUCUUGACAAGUCCACAACGGCAGAGGAAUUGCUCCUGAUUGCCCUUUCUUUGCUACCAAUGUCAUGUCCUUUGAACCUGAUGGAAACAGAGAUUUAUUUUAAAGUGCACUACAGCAUUGGAGAAGUCUACCUCAAUGCUGCAAAGUUACAGGACGCAGAAAAGCAUUUCCAAAAGGCUUUGCACAGUAUUGAUUAUGCAUCAAAAGACAUCAGGAAAUGUCUUCCAGACACUAUAAGUUGCACAGUGCAGUUGUUGUGUAAACUGGCUAAUUUAAAGAUGCACGAAGGCUCACCCAGAGUUGAUGACAUUCUACAGAAGACCAAGAGAGCGACCAAAAAAAUCCAUAAUCCAUGUGGAGAAGCAAAUUUAAAAAUUCUUGAAGGUUUCCAGAAAAUCCAUGAAGGUAAAUUUUCUGCUGCUGAACAAUAUUUCCAAGAGGCGUUGGAUGUCAAGCAGAAAUGGUAUGGUGAAUUACAUCCCCUUGUUGGUGAGAUAUUGGAACACUUGGGGGAUCUAUUGUCCUGUUCUGAGAAAUCAGAGAGAUUUGACAGAAGUCAAGCAGAAGGGAUUUACAGACAAGUGAUCAAGACCCAAGAGGAAAAUAUGCGGCAGGCCACAUCUCUCCAGAUUAGAGAUCAAAUCAAUCUUAACAGAGCCCUUACAAUUUUUAAACUAGGCAUGAAGUCUGCAUAUUUAUUCUGUCAUUUUCUUUUCAUGUACAAAUGUCUCUUCCACUAG